CACGUCGUAAAUUUGCCUCGUAGAUGGAGAAGUGCAUAAUUAAAAAUGAUUCGUGUAGAAUCUGUUCUUGUAGUGGAAAGAUUUCGACAGAAUUUAAAUCGAUUUUCAGCCAAGAUGAAACCAGUGGAUGCGAUAUAGCUUCAAUGAUGGAAGCACUGGGGGAUGUGAAAAUCGCCGAAGAUAAAUUCCGUUCAAAAGUGGUCUGCAACGAUUGUGUGCUAAAGAUCUCGAUUGGAUAUGGCAUUCGCCGGGCUAUUCAAAUGGCAGAACAAGCCACUCAUGUGGUGGAAAUGCUUCAGCAUGCAUCGGACGAUGAUCCGCCGGAGGAUUCGAUUGUAGUAACAGAGAUUAAAUUGGAACAUUUGCUUGAGGACAACGAAGAGGAAUUCGAAUAUGAGUUUUUAGAGGAAGAAUAUCUAGCUGACAAUGCUACCGUCAAGAGUAUGAACUACGCUGAAUCGGAAGAUUCUGGUUCUAAGAUUAAGACUGAAAAUGUUGAAACUAAAAAGUCCAAGCGACGCGAUGCUUCUCCCCUGGAAAGCAUAUCAAAAAAAUCCAACAUUGAGUCAAUUUAUUAUAAGACCAAAUUUGUUAUGCCCAACCCGGAGGUCAUUCUGCAAAAGGUGGACAACAAAAACUAUCUGAUCGUAGAAGUGCAAGGAGAUCGAUGCUGCGGGUGCAGUUUUGUAGGCCUUAAUCGAAAGCAAUUGCUACAACAUUCAAACAGCGAGCAUGCGAUUGAAAUUAUCGGAAGUGGUAACUAUUGUCCAAUUUGUUUCAUAAAAUUCACGAACGAGAACACUCUGACCCGCCACAUUGAUGGAUCCCGGUCAAAAUCAAUAUAUGUUUGCAAAACUUGUGAACGUUACUUCAACAGCUCUCGGCAGUUCGAUGCACAUUUACAGCAGUACAACAACUGUAAUAGAGCUUGUGAACCCAUCAACGAGGACGAAGACUCGUCGACCAGCGAUGAAGACUUAGAUGAAGAAUUUAUCAAUGAAGAUAAUAAUUGGGACUACAUGAUGGAAGAACAAUCUUCCAAUCCAAUCGGAGAACCAAAACGACCUGACAGGAAAACGAACAAUUCAAAACGAUUUCAACAAAUUUCAGAGUAUGCAAAAAGUCCGUAUGGUGUCCCAUUCAUUCAGAUUGAUGAAAAACGAAUCAUCCGUCGAUUAAGCUUUGCUACAUUUGAGCUAAUGAAGCUCAGCGGAGAGAGGUGCUGUGGAUGCGAAUUCACCUGUGAUACCCGUAGUCAACUAUUCGCCCAUGGACAAGAAGCUCACGGAAACAGGGAGGACAUCCUAGCAGAACAUUUAUGUGUUUGUCCGAUAUGCCGUCAAUGUUUUGAAAAUCAGAAAGAACUUUCUAAACACAUCAAUUGCAGUACCUGCAAAUUAUUAUUUCUUUGUACAAUUUGUAAUGAGUCGUUUGCUGGUACAGAUUCCUUGAAAUUUCAUCAAGAACAUAACGAAAAUCAUAGCCAAACAAUCCUCGAAUUAGAACAAGAACAUAAGCCAAUGGUUGAAUUAAAAGAGGCAAAUGUAGUAGAGGCUAUUGCAAGAGAAUUUCAACAAUCAACAAAGAGCAGAAAUUUUUCGAGAUCAAACAAUCGUUCCAUAACAAAACACCGUUAUCUCAAAAUGCCCGAUGCAAGAUUCAUAGAUCACAUUGAUCAUCAGCAGAACCACGAUGUCCUGACAGUUUGCGGUGAACGAUGUUGCGGUUGCGGAGAAUUUUUCGAGACGGUGAAUGAAGUACAGUCGCACGGACAGACAACUCAUCUGAUGGAGAACUCCGAAUCGGUAGGAGAGUAUCAAUGCGAUGUAUGUUUCGCUCGCUUUGAAUGGAGUCGUGGUUUGUUCAUGCACAAAAAUGCCAAGCGGGCUGUUGAUACGUUAUUUCGUUGCAAAACUUGCAACAUGUUGUUUUCGAAGCGCAAUCGCUUAGAAAAGCAUCUGCAACAAGCUCCCAACCAUCCAACUGCGCCGUCCAAACAGCCAACAGAAAGCGAAGUCCAGCACGAUCAGAAAGAUGAAAACAAUGGUAAUUUUACUAAACCCGAUCCACCCCAACAGCAUAAAUAUUAUUGCUGUUUGGCGAAAUGUGGUCAAGAAUUCGCAAGUGAAGAAAUGCUGUUGGACCAUUGCGUCGAUCAUCAUACUGGAAAAAGACGUGAAAACGAAGCCGAACGAACCAACCACCAGAACGUCUGUCCUGGAUGUCUGAAAUCAUUCGAAAACACAACCUGCCUAGUAUGGCAUCGUUUCACCCGCUUUACCAAACAGUACACCUGCCGAUUCUGCGCUCAGGUUUUUACUCGCUGGAACAAAUACCGAGAGCACGAAGAUGAGGUUCACCUUGGAAAGACCCACGAAUACCCAUGUGAAAAGUGCGAUAAAAUAUUCCGAACGCCACAACGGCUCAAAGCUCAUCAGGAAACUCACUCCGAGUUGCGAAGCGAAAUCUGCGAUGCCUGUGGGGCAUCCUUCCGUAACAAAGGUGUCCUCAAGCGGCACCGUCGAACGGUCCACGCUAACGAUAAACCCUUUGUAUGCCAGCACUGUCCAAAGAGGUUGCCCACCCAAGAGCAGUUGAAUGCGCACCUUCGUGUGCAUACCGGGGCCAAGCCGUACACGUGUCGAUUCUGUGACCGCUCGUUCUCGCACUAUACAGACCGGAAGAGACACGAGAUGUCGACGCAUACAGGCGAAAGGCCCUACCAGUGCCCGCACUGUCCGGCGGCCUAUAUCAGGAAUCGAGAACUGUCGGUACAUUUACAGAAGCACGCCGAAGAUGACAUCGCUAUGAUGGGUACGGAAGUGUGAUGCUAUACAAUCUAGUGAGAAAUGAAAAUACAUUUUUUUUUGCUUAUUUACGCCUGAUUCAGAA